AUGAGGAGCCUCGUGGUAUCCGUCCUGAUCCUGGGUAACUACGGUGUGAUAGAAGUUAAAUCUGGAUCUCAUGCCACAGACUUGUUUAUAAUUUGGCGCAUUGUCCGGAAUGGAGUCUCAAAAGCUGGAAUCUUUGCUCUGGAAGACUGCCAUCAUCUCAUUUACUCUAAAGCUUUACACGCUAUCAGCAUCACCUCAUUUACUCUAAACUCCUUCCUUAUCAGUAUGAAUUCCUUGGCGAGCAGCGUCAUAGGUCCCCAGUCUCCUUCGGCACAGCGCUCGGCCCUUCGUCAGGAGGACCCGAGACACAGGCGAAGGCGGCAGUCGGAUGACUGGGAGUAUGAAAUCACUGCGACUACAGCGACAAUAACAAUAAAAUUUACUAACAAGCCGAUAAAUGCACAGUACUGGUUGGAUGCGUACGAUGCCGAAACACAACGAUUUGCCAGAAGAACAGGAUGGCAGAGACAAGGGACAUUCACUCUCCAGAACCUGUCUCCUGACACGGAAUAUGUGAUAACUGUUCACAAGACUUUCUCAAGAUUUUCCAUCCGCCAUACGACCAUGAAACGCAUGUCUGUCAUCGCCUCAACACCGACAAGCAUCACGCUUUAUUUCCUGUACACAAAGCAAGAUCACAAAUGCCCACCGCGGCAGAGCUACCGUCGUCCUAGCGACCUUCUGCCCUUGGAACGAAGGUCCUGCUCAUUGGCCGAAUCAGCAGUUACAGCCUACUCGUUCGCCCAUAACGGCCGUUUGACAAUUAACGAGCUCUGCCUCGGUGUUCCACAGGAGAAGCCAAGGCGAGAUCGCUACAACGUCUUCGCCAAGAAAACUGGAUCGCAGCAACUGGCUUCUUCCGUCGGUGUGGUGUCGGAUACGGCGACGCUGGAGAACUUACAGCCAGGCACCGAGUAUGAGGUAUCAGUGACUUACUCGGGCCUUCAGGAGAAGUUAAUCUACAAAACUCUAGCUUCUAUUUCUCUCCAAUUGAGUCUGAAGUCACCAAACAGUGUAGAAGCCAGUUGGUCACAUCCAGAUGAAGCUUCACACAGACUCACGUACUCUUUAAGCUACACGAUUAAUUUCCUUGCCUGUCGUAACAACGCGGUCAACGGGGAUCCAUUACGUGUGGCUGCGUUAGGUCGACAGGUUUUGAGCGAUGUUCCUCCUUAUGUCGCCUUUGAAGUUUGUAUUGAAGCCUUGGGUGAACUGAGGAGUGCCAAAAAGUGUGACACCAUUGACACACCUGCGGCAGUCCCAGAAAGCAAGAUUGCGCGAAUUAACUGCGUCGGAAAAUGGACGUGCAGUCUACUAUUCGAAAACGACUGCAGGCUCAUAAACGGACCGAACCCCUGUGCCUUUUUCAAAUUCUCCGGCCCAGGAGACGGCGAUCAACCCUGGCAAAGGAAGUGCAGUCCCGGCAAUUCUAAUAUCCGUCCCUCAUUCACGGUCAACAAGCCUCAGAACCUUCUUCCGUACACGACCUACAGCCUCACUGCCUUUCCCCUCCUGGGAAAGGUCACGGAUCUGGAGGUGUCUGCCGCUGCCCACUCCCUCACUCUGACCUGGUUCGACCCCUCCGACAACCCUCUCAGGGGUAAACUUGAAGAGUUCAGAGUAACAUGGAACCGUGGAACCAGGGUGGGGAGGGGCUUGUAUAUAGACCUGCCCUUGUCUGCAUUCCCCGAGGGCAAAGAGGGGCGACGAUCUCAUAUCAUUAUGGACCUGGAGGCUGGCGAAGAUUACUACGUACAGGUUUUGGGCCGGAAUGCUGGCGUGGAGAGCUUUGGAGAUCCUAAUGGACUAGCAACAAGGACUCUACUAGGAGUGCCUUCACCGCCGCAGAAGGUCAAUUACAGCAUUUCAGAUGGGCAGGUUUUCCUGUCAUGGGAGCCUCCUGUGGACAUGGCUGGGGGACUCGUCUACUAUGUCGUCAAGCUGGACGGACACAACCUCUCUUGUGCUGUUGAUGUCAGUGCAGAUCUCGAAUGUCUGCUGGAAGGUUUAACGGCAGGUGAGGAACACGAGGUGACUGUGAGGGCAUGCAACAGUAACCUUUGCAGUGAUUCUGAACAGCUAACAGUGAUUGGUCCUGGUGUUAAGAAGGAAUAUAUCGUCCUCCCUGUGGUGUUACUUCUCCUUUUGCUGUGUCUUAUAAUCUUUCUUGUAGUCUGUUCGCCAAGAGACCGGAAUUCGCUCACCUCAAUCGAGACCCCGAGAUCGUCCCAGCGGAUGGCAGGAUGAUCUUCCUCUAUGUGCUGACCAGCGACUCUUGCUCUCAGUACAUCAACGCCACUUUCGUCAACGGAUUCGACAAAAAG